AAUCCCCUGGCAACGAGUUCUCCAGUUGUAAUGACAUGCUCAAAAGCAUUUACGUACAAAUCUGCAUGUGGAUCGAAGGUGUUUUCGCURCCUUAGGGAAUCUGGCUGUCAUAAUAUGGUGGACAUUGCUUUUCAAAAAACAAAGAAAAUCACGAAGAAAGAUAAACAGAGUCCAAUCUUUGUUGUUUUGCCAUCUCGCGUUUKCUGAUCUUCUCAUGGGAGUAUAUCUUCUGCUCAUUGGAACUUACAAUGAAAUAUGGAAGGGAGAAUACUUUCUGCACGACGUGGAGUGGAGAGCCGGUGUCAAGUGUAAAAUAGCAGGCGCCAUUGCUACUUUGUCCAGCGAAGUCUCAGUCAUGCUUCUGGCUGCCAUAACAGCAGAUAGGAUGAACACAAUUCUCUUUAACUUCUCAGCCAGACGCAUCAGUUUUAAACUGGCUCAUGUUCUCUGUCUGUUUAUCUGGGUCAUUGGAUUCAUCAUGUCUUUCACUCCCCUUCUUGUUCCAAGCUACUUCAACGACAAGAUAUCGGGCUUCAGUUUUUACGGCCGUUCCACUGUCUGUCUGCCGCUACAGUUGUCCACCGAUCGUCCUGCUGGUUGGGAGUACUCAGUUGCUGUUUUCAUUGGCUUCAAUGGCGCAGUUUKUUUCUUCAUUCUUGUUGGAUAMAUCGCGAUWUUCGWCAAAGUUCGCAAKUCUGGUCGAAAAGUGCGUAAAUCAUCAAAUAACGCGGAAUCCUCAUUGGGGAAGCGGGUUUUCUUUGUGAUUCUGACCGAUUUCUGCUGUUGGAUGCCAAUCAUGGUUCUUGGCGUGCUCUCUUUGAUGGGUAAAUUCAAUGACCCUUCUGUGUAUAUCUGGGUGGGAGUAUUCGUACUUCCCGUCAACUCAGCCAUCAAUCCAGUACUGUACACCUUCUCUUCCUCGCAAACGAUCAACAACAUUAGGUCACUCAGACGAAAGUGGUUGAAAGAUAAAGGGAGUAUUCGCUUGGAAGGAAAAUAUUUAUUCAGGAGAAGAAAGUCCGAACCAAGCAGUUCAGCAGUAACGACUGCAUUAACUCUUCUAAGAACGAACGACGAAGCUGCUGGACUACAAAGUGAAGCCAAGAUAUAUGAACCAGACAAAGCCCCGUCAUCUGAUGAACAACAAAUGCUAGUAAUAGCAGAGCGUCAGUUAUUGGUGAAGGUUGACGACGACGAAAAGAAGAGUAUCAUGAGGCUGUUGCUCAUGACGAGGUCACAGCCAUAAAUGGUUAAACCAUUUAUUACCUAAACUUGUAGAUUGACGUAAGAAGUGGGUACAAUAGCUCUGUACCCACUCUGGUGCCCACUGUUCCCUCUGUUCCUAUGAGGCUGUUCGGUGCUCAUGACGAAGUCACAUCCAUCAUAGAUGGUUAAUGCAUUACUUCUUGUACUUACCUAAAAACUGUACUUUGCCAGAGUAUCAUGAGGCUGUUGCUCAUGACAAGGUCACAGCCAUAGA